CGCCGGUCUUCUUCUUUCAGCUUCGUCUCUCUGUUUAUAUAAGAACAGAGAUACGUAUUCGAUGAUUGCAAAAAACCAAAAAAAAAAAAGAAAGAAAAUUAUUUAUCUCUUCUUUAGAAUUCUGUGGAAAGUACUCUAUUUAAUAAGAGAGAAAACUACAAAAGGAAAGCUCUUUGCUUGGAAUUGUUCUGUGGAGCUCUAAUGGCGGAUCAAGUUAAAGAAAAGACAUUAGAGGAAACUUCUACAUGGGCCGUUGCGGUGGUUUGCUUCGUCUUGCUUUUGAUUUCGAUUGUUAUUGAGAAACUUAUUCAUAAACUUGGAUCCUGGUUUAAGAGUAAGAACAAAAAAGCUCUAUAUGAAGCACUUGAAAAAGUGAAAGCAGAGCUUAUGCUGAUGGGAUUCAUAUCACUACUGCUCACAAUUGGACAAGGAUAUAUCUCAAAUAUUUGCAUACCUAAGAACAUCGCAGCAUCGAUGCACCCUUGUAGUGCAUCCGAAGAGGCGAGAAAGUACGGUAAGAAAGAUGCUGCAAAGAAAGACGGAGAAGAUGGAGAAAACUCGCGUCGAAAGCUUCUACAGUUAGUUGAUUCUCUUAUUCCUCGAAGGAGUUUGGCUACCAAAGGUUAUGACAAGUGUGCAGAGAAGGGAAAAGUCGCUUUUGUAUCGGCUUAUGGUAUGCAUCAGCUGCAUAUAUUCAUCUUUGUUCUUGCGGUUUGUCAUGUGAUCUACUGCAUUGUUACUUAUGCUUUGGGCAAGACCAAGAUGAGAAGGUGGAAGAGGUGGGAAGAGGAGACGAAGACAAUCGAAUAUCAGUAUUCACACGAUCCCGAGAGGUUUAGGUUUGCGAGGGAUACAUCUUUCGGGCGUAGACAUCUAAACUUCUGGAGCAAAUCGACUAUUACGCUGUGGAUUGUAUGUUUCUUCAGACAGUUCUUUAGAUCUGUAACCAAAGUUGAUUACUUAACACUGAGACAUGGUUUCAUCAUGGCCCAUUUGGCUCCCGGGAGCGACGCAAGAUUCGAUUUCCGAAAGUAUAUUCAGAGAUCAUUAGAGGAAGACUUCAAAACCAUUGUCGAGAUCAAUCCUGUGAUCUGGUUCAUCGCCGUGUUAUUCCUACUGACAAACACACACGGAUUGAAUUCUUACCUCUGGUUACCGUUCAUUCCAUUCGUCGUGAUUCUUAUUGUUGGGACAAAACUUCAAGUGAUAAUAACAAAACUGGGACUACGAAUCCAAGAGAAAGGUGACGUAGUGAAAGGCACACCGCUAGUUCAGCCCGGUGAUCAUUUCUUCUGGUUCGGUCGUCCACGUUUCAUUCUCUUCCUCAUUCACUUAGUCCUCUUCACGAACGCGUUUCAACUCGCUUUCUUUGCUUGGAGUACGUAUGAAUUCGGUCUAAAGAACUGUUUCCAUGAAAGCAGAGUAGAUGUGAUCAUCAGAAUCUCAAUCGGACUUAUAGUCCAGAUUCUUUGCAGCUACGUUACUCUUCCUUUAUAUGCUCUUGUUACUCAAAUGGGUUCAAAGAUGAAACCAACAGUGUUCAACGAGAGAGUAGCAACAGCGUUAAAGAGUUGGCAUCACACAGCUAAGAAACAGAUCAAACAUGGAAGAACUUCAGAAUCAACAACACCUUUCUCUAUCCGACCAACAACACCAACACAUGGUUCUUCUCCGAUUCAUCUUCUCCGAAAUGCCCCUCACAAACGAAGCAGAAGCGUCGACGAAAGCUUUGCGAAUUCGAUGUCACCAAGAAACUCUGAUUUCGAUUCAUGGGAUCCUGAAUCUCAACACGAAACUGCCGAGACUUCGAAUCAUCGUUCUAGGUUUGGAGAAGAAAAAUCGGAGAAAAAGUUUGUUUCUUCAUCAUCAGUGGAACUUCCUCCAGGAUCUGGACAAAUACGAACACAACAUGAGUUAAAUAUUUUCAGAUUUAUUAAUGAUGCUGCUUUGGUUCACUUCUCUAUAAGAGACUUGAGCCCUGAAGCAUUAUUUUCUCAAUGUAAAACUAUGGAGAUUUUGGAUUCUAAGACUAUGGAGAUUCAUGGGAAGUUGUUGAAGUGUGGGUUCUUGUCUUUGGGUUUGUUCGCCAUGUCUGGGUUUGAGAGUUUGCGGAAGAUGUGUUAGCUGCCAGAUGGAGAAAGCAUGCAAGGUGUUUGAUAAAAUGCCUGAGUUAGACUUGGUUUCCUGAAAUACACUUGUUUCUGGGUAUAAUGAUAGUUUGGAUUGGCGAGUAUGGUUUGUAGAAUCUGAAGACUGGUUUUAUCACCAUUGUUUUUUUAGUAUUGACAA